CGUGGCUUUCCCCACAACGCCCGUCUUCCCUUUGCGUCUCUGCUGCAGCGGCCGGAGCUGGAGUCGGACCCCGAGCGCAGCCUUACCAUGGACUCGGCCCUCAGCGACCCGCACAACGGCAGUGCCGAGGCAGGCGGCCCAACCAACGGCACGACGCGGCCGCCUUCCACGCCCGAGGGCAUCGCGCUGGCCUACGGCAGCCUGCUACUCAUGGCGCUGCUGCCCAUCUUCUUCGGCGCCCUGCGCUCCGUGCGCUGCGCCCGCGGCAAGAAUGCUUCGGACAUGCCCGAGACCAUCACCAGCCGGGACGCCGCCCGGUUCCCCAUCAUUGCCAGCUGUACGCUCUUGGGGCUCUACCUCUUUUUCAAAAUAUUCUCCCAGGAGUACAUCAACCUCUUGCUGUCCAUGUAUUUCUUCGUCCUGGGAAUCCUGGCCCUGUCCCACACCAUCAGCCCCUUCAUGAAUAAGUUUUUUCCAGCCAACUUCCCAAAUCGACAGUACCAGCUGCUCUUCACGCAGGGCUCUGGGGAGAACAAGGAAGAGAUCAUCAAUUAUGAGUUUGACACCAAGGACCUGGUGUGCCUGGGCCUGAGCAGCAUCGUCGGCGUCUGGUACCUGCUGAGGAAGCACUGGAUUGCCAACAACCUCUUCGGCCUGGCCUUCUCCCUUAACGGGGUGGAGCUCCUGCACCUGAACAACGUCAGCACCGGCUGCAUCCUGCUGGGCGGGCUCUUCAUCUACGAUGUCUUCUGGGUAUUUGGCACCAAUGUGAUGGUGACAGUGGCCAAGUCCUUUGAGGCACCAAUAAAAUUGGUGUUUCCCCAGGAUCUGCUGGAGAAGGGCCUGGAAGCGGACAACUUUGCCAUGCUGGGACUCGGAGACAUCGUCAUCCCAGGCAUCUUCAUCGCCUUGCUGCUGCGUUUUGACAUCAGUUUGAAGAAGAACACCCACACCUACUUCUACACCAGCUUUGCAGCCUACAUCUUCGGCCUGGGCCUGACCAUCUUCAUCAUGCACAUCUUCAAACAUGCCCAGCCUGCCCUCCUAUACCUGGUCCCCGCCUGCAUUGGCUUUCCUGUCCUGGUGGCACUGGCCAAGGGAGAAGUGACAGAGAUGUUCAGCUACGAGUCCUCGGCGGAAAUCCUGCCUCACACGCCGAGGCUCACCCACUUCCCCACAGUCUCGGGCUCCCCAGCCAGCCUGGCGGACUCCAUGCAGCAGAAGCUAGCUGGCCCUCGCCGCCGGCGCCCGCAGAAUCCCAGCGCCAUUGGAAGGUUCAAGAAGCUUAAAAUUGGUCUGCACAAGCCCAAGCCCAACCUCUCCUCCAUUUGCCGCUGCCCUUGCCACCUCUUGGCACCACCAGGCACAGAGAAAGUGGAGCAAGCAGCCUGUCUGAGGAGGGCGCCCAGCGGGGCCGGGCCAAGUCCUGGAAGUUAUGAGGAGUCAAAUCCUAAGGAUCCAGCAGCAGUGACAGAAUCCAAAGAGGGAACAGAGACCUCGGCAUUGAAGGGGCUGGAGAAGAAGGAGAAGUGAUGCGGCUGGUGCCUGACCCUCUGAGGGCCAGACAGGGUGGCCUCACACAGGCUUGCGAGGCAGCGGUCCUGCCGCAGGGGGGCAGUAGCUCCAGAAGAGGGGCAGGGGCAGCAGGCUCCCUCCAGCAGGGCCUCUGGGGCCUGGUUCCCUCUCCCCCUUCUCUGGCCUUCCUCUGCCUCUCCCCAUUCCCUGCCCGCAAAGGAAGCCCCCAACUCCCCCCACCCCCCAGGUGCCAGGUGGGAAAAGUGGGUCUGAUUUUUAGACUUUUGUAUUGUGGACUGACUUUGCCUCACAUUAAAAACUCAUCCCAUUGCCCGGGCAGGCCGCUGUGCUUCUGAAAGUUUCUCACCCAGUAUCUUACAGUGGGUUUACCAGCUGUCACCCUCACACUUUGCUGGAAGGAACGGGGCAGUGGACUGUCGCAGCCUGCGUUGAGGCCCUGACCUCUGGGCCCCUCCGUCCUG